CGAUUAAAAGCACGCUUUCGAACAAGUGAACAACGAGUGAAAGAGUGAGCAAACGAAAAAUCAAAAGAAAGAAAAUAGUAGGGAAUAGAAAAAAAAAUUCGCUGUAAAAUAGAUGACAACGUUCGAAACGUUGUUGUAAAGAACGACAGCGUAUUAUUUCUGUGUCACAUAUUAGAAUUGACUUGGUCAUGGGCACUGUACGGCUCCAAUUGUUACUUAGGUGAAAGAAAUUUUCGAUUUUUUCUUCUCGGUUCAUGUGAUUUAUUGAUUUUUUUUUUCUAUUGGAAAUUUGUUUUGCAUUCGUGAAAUGCAUCAACGUAAUGUGUAUGUGACGAUUAAAUGUGGAGUGUGUGUAUUUAUAUUUUUCUCUCUUUCUUUCGCUGUGAAUUGGAUCGGAAAAUGAAUGUGUGAAUGAAUCUUGCACUUCGGCCAAUUUGUGUGAGGUUUUUUUGGUUGAGAAAUUCUUUUUCAUGAAAAAUCAUUUGGUUUUGUUGUUGCGCUUCUUUUUUUCCGACAAGGUUUUUCAUCAUUUUUAUUCCUUUAGUACAUUUUCGGUUGGUGGUGUUGUUGUUGUUGUUGUUAUGAUGUGUGCGUUGUGCGUGUGUUUGUGUCUGUGUUUAUGCCGUGUUACAUUUUAUCUCUAGCCUAAAAUGUGUUUGAUUGUAACAUUAAUAUUUUUUUCGUCGCUUCGUGUACAGACAGGUGAUAGCCUUAAGAACAUUUUCGGAGAAAAUCCACACCAUUUUGCAAUUCAUAUUUUUCGCGGACGAAUUCUAUGACGCAUUUUGUGCUUCGGUGACAGCUUUUAUUGCGUUUUGCGGACCGGUUUGAGUUGGCAAGAGUGUAAUCGGGAAAAGUGGGAGAUAGAAAUGUAUUGGGAAAAAAGUUUACAAGUUACAGAAGAGAGUUUUGUAAAAGAAAGAACAGAAGUGUAGAAGGGAGAAGAGAAUUUUAGAGGAAAGGAUAGAAAUGUAGAAAAGAGUGCGAGAGACAAAAUAGUAAUGGAAGAAAAUGAGUGUGUUGAAAGAGUGAAAGAGAAACAAAACAAAAUAUUGAAAAACAAUGAAAGGGAGAAUGUUUGAGAUUGUCAGGAAGAGAGAGGAAGGAAGAGAAAAGGAAAGGGGGAGAGAAAGGGAGAUAGAGGGAAAGCCGAAAUAGUCCAAGAGAGAGAAAGAAUCAGACCGAUUGAGCAAGUAGAAUGGCUGGAGCAAACAAACACAAAUCUGAAUAAGAAGAAACACGCAUCACAACAUCCGAAGGAACUAGAAAUUAUUGUUAUUUUUUGAUCGCCCUGAACGCGUGCGCGCAGCUGAAACCUGGCUAACACCGAUUACACACAUACCACUACUAUAGUUUAAAUUAGUGAAACAGCAAACAUGAAUUCACUGUUGAUACCAACAUGCUGCCGGCAAUUGAUUACAAAAUAUGGCCAUCGAUUGAACGCUAUCAAAUUGAAUGACGGUUGUCAACACAUGUAUCGAUCAGCAACGAACAAACAACAUUCGCACAUCAUUCGUCAGUAUUCGAGUCGAUCGCCGUCAUUGACAUUGGAUCGCCUAGCGCUACCAUCGUCUGUAUGUUUAGUGAAUAAAGAAUUAUGGCACAACAGAGAUUGGCAAUCAACGUAUACGAUACGAUCGUUUUCGUUGAGUUCGGCGCUUCGGGAGCAGGCAUCGUCGAAGGUGGAAGAAACGGUGCGUAAAUUGCAGGAGAAAGAGCGUGAAGAGAAGGAAUUAAAGAGCAAAGCGACCGCAUCAUUGGCCGAAGCCACAAAGCCAACGGAUGUUGGGAUAGCGACAUCAUCAACGAGUGCCACCGUCGCUGCCACAGCUGCGGCCACAUCGGUUGUGCCAAAAACAGUGAAAAAGAGCCUUAAGCAACGUGUUUGGGACGAAUUAGUUCAUUACUAUCAUGGUUUUCGGCUAUUAUUCAUCAAUAUGAAUGUAGGGCGUAAAUUGGUCGGCAAAUUACUUCACGGUGAAUCGCUGACACGGCGAGAAUAUCGCCUGUUGAUUCGCACCACCGGCGAUAUGUUUCGUUUAGUGCCGUUUUCUGUGUUCAUUAUUGUUCCAUUUAUGGAAUUUUUACUGCCCGUGUUUAUUAAAUUCUUCCCCGGCAUGUUACCAUCCACAUUCGAAACGGCCAGUGAUCGCGAGAAAAAGGCACGCAAUCAAUUGAAAGUGAAAUUGGAAAUGGCGAAAUUCUUACAAAAAACCCUCGACGAAAUGGACAUGCAGAAUAAAGAGCAUAAUUCGGAAGAGGCCAAAGAUUUUGUACUCUUCUUCAAUAAAGUACGAUCGUCCGGCGAACACGCAACGUUUGAGGAAAUUAUUAAAUUUUCCAAAUUAUUCGAAGAUGAAAUUACAUUGGAUUCGCUGUCACGACAACAAUUGACCGCCAUUUGUAAAUUAUUAGAAGUUGGGUCGCUUGGCACCAGCAAUUUUCUCAGGUUUCAACUGCGCAUGAAGCUACGAUCACUGGCCGCCGAUGAUCGCAUGAUCCAGCGCGAAGGCAUCGAUUCGCUUACCACACAGGAACUUCAAGCCGCAAGCCGAGCAAGAGGGAUGCGCGCCUACGGCCUCUCUGAAGAUCAACUGAAGCGGCAGCUGGAAGAAUGGAUACAUUUGAGCUUAAACGAAAAAGUGCCUCCGUCAUUGUUGCUGCUCAGCAGAGCCAUGAUGUUGCCCGAAGAAAUUCCCUACGCCGAAAAACUCAAGGCAUCCAUCUCAUCGCUACCCGAUGCGGCCGCCAUUCAGAUGCGUGCUGCCAUUGGCGAACGUGAAGGCAAAAUUGAUAACAAAACACAAAUCGAAAUCAUUCGAGACGAACAACGUAAAAUCAAAGAGGAAUUGGAGGAAGCCAAAGAAGUGGCGGCCACCACCGAAAAGGAAAAAGACGUCUUACUCGAUACAGCUAAAGUUAUCACAGACGAUAUCACACACAAGGACAUCGAUUUGGUUUCGGACGCUUUGGAUGCUGUCUCCGAUCGAAAGAACAUGAUUAUCGAAAAGGAAGAAAUCAAGGAGCUCAAAGAGGAGAUCGCCGAAUACAAAGAAGAUGUGGAGCAACUCAAGGAAAUCGCCAAAAAGUCCGAUGUUAAGAUUAACGUUCGUCAAUCGGCAGCGGCUAAAAGACUGCUCAAGAAGGUUGAUGCUAUGAUUAGCAAACUUGACAAUGUCAUGGACGGAUUGGAGAAGGAGAAGAAAUUACAAGUCGACAGCACCGAAGAAAAAACCAGUGAAGAGCUUGUUCGAAUCGAUGAGGUCAUGAACGUUGUGCGAAAGAUGCAAAAAGCCACAGAUCAAUCAAAGAUGGAUCAGAUUUCAACGUUCUUAGAGCGAAUUGAUGACGAUCGAGAUGGUCAAUUGAAAGUGGAUGAUGUCUUGAAGAUCUUCGAAACAAUUGGAAAGGAGAAUAUCAAAUUGAACGCAAAACAAAUUGAUGAAUUGCUGGAUCUAAUAUCGAAAGAAGAGUAUCUGGAGAAUGAAGAGAAGAUCCAAAAGGCAUUAGAAAAGAGUAAGGAGGAGCGUGAGCAACGGCAGCAAGAGAAGUCACAAAGUAAAUCCACAGAAGCGGCACAGGGCGAUGAAACGCUAAAAAAACACGAUGACGAAAAGCAUAUUUUGGACGCCGAAAAAACACCUACUUUUGACUCUAAUGAAGAACUUCUGCAGAAAAAGAUAAGUGAUCUGGACUUGAGCGAAAAAUCGACGAAAAGUCCAACCAAGCCUAGUGUGUAAUCAUUGAUCAUACGUUGAUUUAAAACAAAAUUUAGGUAAUUUAAUGAUGAUAACGAAUGAAAAUGAGGAGAAACAUUAUGUUCCACUUUUUACGAUGUAAAUACGUUUCCCGGAGGAAAAUUAUCGUGUAAAUUUUUCGAUUGUACAAUUGUAUGUUCCAGAUGCAAUGGAAAACGCUUAACAAUAAAAAUGCAUGAUGAAAAAGAGAGUAGUUUUAAAUUGCGACCUUUCUUCUAGUUCAAUUGAAAAUUAAUUGAAAAAAAAACAAACAUUGUAAAACCAUCCCAAAAUCGCUUUGUUCAAGAAAAAAUAAUUAUGACAAUAAUAACGAAAAUCGGAUAAAGACGAA